AUGCCCUGCCCUUGCUCUGCGCUGACCAAGACUGCUGCCGGAGGUGAAGCCGUCAGGAUGGAGAAGGAAGAAGAAAGUCAACUUGAACAAAGUCUAAAACGAGAUCUGGGCGAUGCGAUCAAUCGUAUGACGGAUUUUCGCGACCAGAUUCGCGAAAGCGGAUCUGCGCCUGACAACUGGACUGCAAAGUACGCUCAAGUGAGAGACUGGCUGAAAGAGGACGCAGGGGAACACAUCGAUAUCCUAGAAAUGGUGGAUGCAUGUCAUGUCGAGUCGGCAUCUGUGAAGCCAAUGUCUCCGAACACGAGGGAUGGGUUCACAGCCGAAAUAACAAUCAAAUUCAUCGACGGAUCGACGUACAUGCUGUCUCGGUCAUCGAAAGUUCGUACCGGAAACAAACAGUCCAAAUCAUUGCCCGCUCCGCAGCAGACAGACCGAAAGAGCGGCGAAAUCGGUCACGUGGGCUCGAUGAUGAGCCCUCCAACGACGAUCAACAGCUCCAUCAUGAGUUGUGAUCCGGGGACCGCCACAUCCCAUACUCAAGGGGGUCUCUCGGCAUCGAAAGACAUUAUUUGCCAAGCGGGUUAUCGGCAGCAGCCCGGGGCAUACAAGCGAACAGUCAUACAGAUGAGCGAUCUGAACCAACAUCAACCCAAGUGGAAGUGGGUAGUCUGGAAGGGUAAAAUUAAGAUGGAGGCUGCAGAAGAAUUGAAUAAGCCCUCCCCGUUUGGACAAGAGGAAGAAAAGUGGACCGCCUUGCGCAACGAUUUGAACGGUAAUCUCGAGGCCAUAGUCCAGGAAGUACAGGUUCAUCACCUGGAUCUGGGGGGGAAGAACCUGCAGAAAUGGACAGACAGCUCGUGGCGGGAGUUCUAUACCGAGAAACAAGCCGGGCGAUUGGAAGGCUGGAAACAAACUCUCGAAGAACAGGCGACCGAGUCGAUGGACAUGCUCAAUUACCAUCCCGGUCUUCUACUAGAACCGUCGAUCAAGAUUGACCACCUUUCCAACAGUCGAAUCAAGUGUGUUGCAGCUUACUGUAUUGGACGCGGUCACGUCGAUGGCAAUGGGACUAGUAGCAAAGGACAUUCGCUGUACUGCACCAUGGAGUUCGGUUUCGAGCGAAAACCAGUGGUUGGAAAUAGCCCACAGCAGCGACGGUUCGGCUUCCCCGGGUCAACUGUGUCUGGUGAAUCUGGGAGUGAUGGCAGCAGCGCAACGCGAUCUGGGGCCACCAGGACUGAGAAUGUCGCACUUGAACCCAACUCGAGUCUGGAGGGACACGACGACUCUCUUGCUACCCAAAAGUCGUCCAUGCGAUGA